AACGGCCACCGCGAGACAAGGACGCGGCCAUGGCCGAGGUGGAGGAGACCCUCAAGAGGAUCCACGCGCACAAGGGCGUUGUGGGCACCAUCGUGGUGAACGCCGAAGGAAUCCCAAUCAGAACAACUCUUGAUAACUCCACAACAGUGCAAUACGCCGGGCUGCUUCAUCAGCUCACCAUGAAGGCCAGGAGCACGGUGAGAGAUAUUGAUCCUCAGAAUGAUCUAACCUUUCUUAGGAUCAGAUCAAAGAAACAUGAAAUCAUGGUAGCUCCAGAUAAGGAGUAUCUCCUGAUUGUUAUUCAGAAUCCAUGUGAAUAGUUCUACAACAGCAAUAUUUUUAGAGACAGUGAUGUAGCUCUGCUUUUUAAACUAAUAUUCUUUGCUGAUAUUUAAUAUCAAACAUACCACUGAAUAAUUUUCAUAAUGUGUAACUGUCAUGACUGAAAUGUUGCCAAAUUAAAAUUUUCAGUUGUAGCUGUAUCAGUUUCUGCUUAAGCACAGCAUAAUGCACAUAUUAAAA